AGGAUCCGAAACAAACAGCCCAAGGGCCGUGCAGUGAGCCGUCUACUAGAGAGCAUGGCGGCGGACGAGGGCUUUCAGAUGGAUGAGGAUGAUAGCAGCUUCUCAGAGGGGGAUGAGGACAGUAACCCAUCAUACCCUCACAUCCCCAGGAGUACACUAGCAGCCCCCAGCUGUGUCCUGACCAGACAGCUGCUGACAGAUGGACUCAGGGUGCUGAUCUCCAAGGAGGAUGAACUUCUCUACGCAGCCCGGGUCCACACACUAGAGCUGCCAGACAUCUACAGCAUUGUUAUUGACGGGGAGAGGGAAAUCGCCCCAGAAUCUACUCACUGGAGCAACUGCUGCAGGAAGCGGUGAGUUCAGUUCCUACCCCCUCUUUAGAAAACAAU